AUAACACACACCUGCACUCCUGCACCAGCGCGAGCCGCACCCGCGCGAGCCGCAGAAACGAAAGUGAAAGUGCUUUAGCUGACCAGCUGGACUCAGAAUAAUCCAAACAGAAGGAACAGCACAACGAUGCCAAUCACGUUCAGUGGAUGGGAGGUCUGCUCCGAAAACUUUAAGCAGCUGCAACCAGGCCAGGCCCCCAAAAAAAGCCACGGCUACACCAUGUACCACGGGACACACAAGAGCAACGCCCAAGCUAUAAUAACUUCAGGAUUCAAGCCUUCAGCCGGAGGAACCCUGGGAGCUGGUGUCUACUGCAGCAGGGACAUUAACAAAGCCAUGGGCUACCCAGGAUUCUGUGCUCCUAAUGACAGAGUAGUGCUCAAGCUGCAGGUGAGAGUGGGCAAGGUAAAGAAGAUUGACAACCAGUGCAUGCAUCUGCAGACCACAUGGCAUCAGCAUGGAUAUGACACAGCCUGGCUGCCCCCCACUGUGGUUGGCCUUGAGGAAGAUUGUGUGUGGGACCCGAAACGGCUCACGGUUGUAGGUAUAGCACACUGUGGGGAUGCUGGCAUGAAGAAUUCUCUGGAGAGUCUUAUAAAGCAGCAAGGAAAUGGACAAGGACAAGAGGCAAGUGGGCCAGUGGGGAAACUUUGCAAGACCUGUGGAAUGCAAACACAGGACACGCACACUGUGACGAAGUGCUGGGUCUGUAAGGCAGCCAUAUGUGCCUUCAUGAAUAAGCAUGUAUGCUCAAAGAAGUGAUUAUUCACUCACUUUCUCCUCUUAGAUUCACUAAUGACUGUUUCCUUAGCCUAAAGUAUACUGGUUCGUGUGAUAAUUUAUGUCUAUAUCACAGGACAAUAACUCGCAAGUAAUUCAUAAUUCCAAGUGCCGAAUCUUGGUUUCUUCCAAGGUGUCUACUUCCUUAUCCAAAUCUUUGAAAGUUUUUUCUUGCCAAUGUCACCCUUUGCUCACUGUUGUCUGCAAAGCUGCUUUGAGAUGAUCUGUACUGUAAAAUGUGCUAUAAAACAGAAACUAUAUUCCAUUCUAAUAAUUCUUAUGAGGCAGGAAGUAAGAAAACAAAUAGCCCUUAAAAUGAGAAACUGAUUUUUAUAACGUACAUGUUAGAAAUGAUGAAUGUGACAUUAAUGUGAAGAUUUAAGUCACUGGAAAGUAGGUGAAAAUGAAAAUACAUGAUGUGAUGCAAUUCUUAGUGUUCUUUACUGCUUAGCUUCCUCCUCAGAAUCCACAAAUCAGCAUAGUCCACAAUUAUAUUGUAUAUUAUAAAAAUGUACACCACAGUGCUGUUGAAUUCUCAGUUCUGAUUGGUCAGAAAGUGUUCAUUCAUUUUCUUUUAUGUAAGCAGCUCUAAAAAAAAAAAAAAACAUUUAUGAAAGGAGUCUCCAUUGUCAGUGCUUUGUAGCAGUCAGGGAGUUUUCCACCAUGGGAAAGUCUUCAGGACAAAGGACUUAGUGCUUUGCUGUUCCUUGGUAACAUUUUUUGUCUUAUUAAUGUCAAGGGAAAGAAUAUAGAGAGACUGAUGAAGGAACAACUGUUUGCAGCUGAUAACAGGAACUAACUUGUAUUGUAGAUGUUCUACAACAUUAAAUGUAAUUAUAAAUUAAUCAAAUGUAUGACAUGUCAUUCUUUAAUCAACAAAAAACUGUAAUCAUUAGCAAAUUGCUGUGGUGUAAGAGUUAUAAAUCACUUCCGGAUGUGUUGUUAUUGGGAAGUAAUCUGUUCCAUGUGGUCAAAGUGAAUCUGAUUAAUCACACCACUCCGUUGUUGGUUAUUUCUCUAUAAGAGAGUGCCACUUUGUGUUUUAUUCCUGACCAAAUGCAGUUUGCAUGUGAUCUACAAAAUAUGCA